UGAAUCCAAAACGUUGAAGAGGCAACAGCCAAAUCAAAAAACCGGAGAAAAAAUCAAAGAAAAAUCAAGAAAUUGUGAAAGAAAAGUGCAUCAAAAAAGUCUGAAAAGUACCAAGUGAAUUAAGAAAAAUCCACAAAAAAGAUGUCUGAAGAAGUUGAAACAUUCGCUUUCCAAGCUGAAAUCGCUCAGCUAAUGUCGUUGAUCAUCAACACAUUCUACUCGAACAAGGAAAUCUUCUUGCGUGAAUUGAUCUCCAACUCGUCAGAUGCCUUGGACAAGAUUCGCUACGAAUCCUUGACGGAUCCCUCGAAAUUGGACAGUGGUCGCGAUUUGCACAUCAAAAUCAUUCCCAACAAGGAGGCCGGCACCCUCACAAUCAUUGAUACCGGUAUUGGCAUGACGAAAACGGAUUUGGUCAAUAACUUGGGCACCAUCGCAAAAUCCGGCACAAAAGCUUUCAUGGAGGCUCUCCAAGCUGGCGCCGACAUUGCUAUGAUCGGUCAAUUCGGUGUCGGUUUCUAUUCCGCCUAUUUGGUAGCAGAUCGUGUCACUGUGACCUCGAAACACAACGACGACGAGCAAUACGUUUGGGAAUCCAGUGCUGGCGGCUCAUUCACGAUCCGUACUGACAACAGCGAACCUUUGGGCCGCGGAACAAAGAUCGUGUUGCACAUCAAGGAAGAUCAAACGGAAUAUUUGGAGGAAGCUCGCAUCAAAUCGAUCGUCAACAAGCAUUCACAGUUCAUCGGAUAUCCAAUUAAAUUGGUUUGCGAAAAGGAACGCGACAAGGAAGUCAGCGACGAUGAAGCCGAGGACGAGGAGAAGAAGGAAGAUGGCGACAAAAAAGACGACGAACCCAAAAUCGAGGAUGUUGGCGAAGACGAAGAUGCCGACAAAGGUGAAAAGAAGAAGAAAAAGACGGUCAAGGUCAAAUACACCGAAGACGAGGAACUGAACAAAACAAAGCCAAUUUGGACCCGCAACCCCGACGACAUUUCCCACGAAGAAUAUGGCGAAUUUUACAAAUCCCUCACCAACGACUGGGAAGAUCACUUGUCCGUCAAACACUUUUCCGUCGAAGGUCAGUUGGAAUUCCGCGCUUUGCUCUUCGUCCCACGUCGAGUUCCCUUCGACUUGUUCGAAAGCAAGAAGAAAAAGAACAACAUCAAGCUCUAUGUGCGUCGUGUCUUCAUCAUGGACAACUGCGAAGACCUCAUCCCCGACUAUUUGAACUUCAUGAAGGGCGUCGUCGACUCCGAAGACUUGCCGCUGAACAUUUCUCGCGAAAUGUUGCAACAAAAUAAGAUCCUCAAGGUCAUCCGGAAGAAUUUGGUGAAAAAAUGCCUUGAAUUGUUCGAGGAAAUGACCGAAGACAAGGAAAGUUACAAGAAAUUCUACGACCAAUUCAGCAAAAACUUGAAGCUCGGCGUUCAUGAAGACUCGACGAACCGCGCAAAAUUGGCGGAUUUGCUCCGUUAUCAUACCUCGGCCUCCGGGGAUGAAUAUUGCAGCUUGGCUGAUUACGUUUCACGCAUGAAGGAAAAUCAAAAACAAAUUUACUUCAUCACGGGCGAGAAUCAAGAGCAAGUUAGCAACUCGGCAUUUGUGGAACGUGUCAAAAAACGCGGUUUCGAAGUCAUUUACAUGACAGAACCCAUCGACGAGUAUGUCAUCCAACAGCUGAAAGAAUACCAAGGCAAACAACUCGUUUGCGUCACAAAAGAAGGCUUGGAACUCCCCGAAGACGAAGCUGAGAAGAAAAAACGCGAAGAUGACAAAGCCAAAUUCCCGGGCUUGUGCAAAGUCAUGAAAUCCAUCCUCGACUCGAAAGUUGAAAAAGUCGUCGUCUCAAACCGUCUCGUAGAUUCCCCCUGCUGCAUUGUCACCUCGCAAUACGGAUGGUCCGCCAACAUGGAACGUAUCAUGAAAGCCCAAGCAUUGCGUGAUAGCAGCACGAUGGGUUACAUGGCAGGCAAGAAACACUUGGAAAUCAACCCGGAUCACAGUAUCAUUGAAACUCUUCGUCAAAAAGCCGAAGCCGAUGAAAAUGACAAGGCAGUGAGGGAUUUGGUGACACUUUUGUACGAAACUUCCCUCCUUUCGUCCGGAUUUUCGCUCGAUGAGCCACAAACCCACGCUCUGCGUAUCUACAGAAUGAUCAAACUUGGCUUGGGAAUCGACGAGGACGAGCCAAUGCCCGUUGAUGAACCAGCGACGACCGCAGGAGACAUGCCCCCAUUGGCAGAUGCGUCAGAAGAUGCUUCGCAUAUGGAGGAAGUUGAUUAAAUUUAGUUUAAAAGCAGUUUUCCUUUUGACUCUUAAUGCAAACCAAAACUUAAUUUGUAAUUUUUUAGAAGAUAAUUUUGUUUUUGGAUGAGACUUGAAUGUUUUAGGAUCCUUAAAACUUUAACUUUGUAUGAAUGUGAAACCAUAGUUAUUAUUUUUUUUUAUUUUUAUCUUCAUUCGCAUACAUCAUUAAAAUAAAUUCAGAAAUAAAACAUCAUUAAUGAGUUAACAGAA